AUGAAAUUGACACUUACGUACGUUCCUUCGCUUUUUUACCGGGGUGCAAGCGGUGGUGCAUGCAUCGCGACGGCGCUGGUGAAGGGCGGCGACCUCUACGUGGCGCACCUGGGCGACUGCCGCGCCGUGCUGAGCCGCGACGGCGCCGCGGCCGCGCUGACGGCCGACCACACCUGCGCGAGGGAGGACGAGCAGGCCCGCAUCGAGCGGGAGGGCGGCUACGUGAGCCGCAGCGGCAGCGGCGUGUGGCGCAGCCUGGCCGUGUCGCACGCGUUCGGCGACGGGGGGCUCAAGCGGUGGGUCGUCGCCGAGCCGGCAGUCGCCAGGGUGUCCCUGGGCGCCGGGUACUACUUCCUUGUCAUCGCGUCCGACGGGCUCUGGGACAAGGUGAGCAACCAGGAGGCCGUGGACGCCGUCGCCAGGGGCAUGAGCAGGGCGGCGUCCUGCAGCGAGCUGGUGGACAUGGCGCGGCGUAGGGGGAGCAUGGACGAUGUCACCGUCAUGGUCGUCGAUCUCGGGAGGUUUGUACGAUAGAAGUGACGACGGAGCUGAGGCACUAACAGAGUACUGAGCCAUUUGACAGAUCGAGCUUAACUAAUUAGCUUGAAGCAACAAUUUAAUUUGAUUCUUGAUACCAAGUGAGGCAGUGAACGAUGAAUCGGAUCAGGUUAAUGUCGGGAUCAGGAAAGAUGUUGGAGAUAUUCCAGAGAUGCAACCGAUGGGUGUAGCCGAUGAAGUGGAGUAUAUCCCUAGCAUCAUUGAAGAGAUGGAGUUGGAGGAUCAAGAGUUGGAGGAAGGCCUUAUCGAUGGGGAUUUAUCUGACGAGGAGGGUAAUGCUCCAGUCCCUGCAGAGUGUAGGGAUCAUGAAUUUUAAAAGCUGGUGGUUAGCGAGGCUGAUCGGACACCGUGGCAGUACUAUGAGAACAAGGUGUCCCAGGGUGCUAUAUACCCUACAAAGGAGGCAGUUAUUGAUGCAGUUAAAUUCUGGUCGCUGUCUCUUUAAAAGUAGUUCAAGGUUGUUAAAUCCAGUAAAAGAGAGUAUGAUAUGAAGUGUUUGGUGCCCCAAUGUCCUUGGUGGGUGCACGCAUUCAGAGAGAAAUAGGUAGACUACUGGCAGUGCUCAAUAGUUAAGGAACAUAAUUGUCAAAUUGAGGAAAUAGAGUUUGCCCACCGGAACCUAUCAUCUGUGUUUAUUGCAAAUAUUAUGUACGGGGAGAUUGUGGACAACCUAAGGUAUGAGCCACAAUCAAUAAUCCGUGCUAUUGAGCAAAUGUUCCAGUACACAAUAAACUAUGCGAAGGCAUGGAUGGCGAAACAAAAGGCUAUUGAGAUGAGGUUCGGAACAUAUGAAGAUUCAUAUCACAAUCUACCUCGUCAAUUAGCCACAAUUUGUGGAAGGAACCCAGACAGCUACUAUGAUAUCAAACAUUACCUCUCGACUGAUGCGGAGUACAGCGGGAAAAGAGUAUUGCAGCGUGCUUUCUUUGCAUUCGCUGCAACCAUCAAAGCAUUUCGGUAUUGUCGACCCAUCAUAUGCCUGGAUGGAACAUUCCUGACUGAGAAGUACAAAGGACAGAUAUUGUCUGCAAUUGGGGUCGAUGGUAACAACCAAGUCAUGCCACUAGGGUUUGCUUUCGUGGAGAGUGAGAACGGGGACAGCUGGUAUUGGUUCAUUGAGUGGGUCAAACAUGCUAUUGUUCUUGAUCGACCAGAUGUGUGUCAGAUUCA